CGUCCAUUCGAUCAGGAUGUCCGAUGCCGUGCCGAUCUUAUCGUGCCAUGUGGCAAGCGCGCGAUAACCGCCGAACUCCCUCGCUUCGCUUCGACUGUCGCAUCUGGGUCCAACGGCUCGUCCUCGCCCCGUCACCGGAUCGAGCGCGCAUCACGACGAAAAAACGACGACUGGAUUUUCAGAGUUUCACAGUAAUUGUCACCUUUGCGAGAAAAAUUCAGCGUGAUCGAGAUAUCGUUGUGGGCUGAGGGAAUGGCAGCAUGGACAUCAGUAGCACGGGGAACCUCGUCUACAGGUACAAAUCGUUGCCUUCGCUUCAUUGCUCCGCGUUAGCUUCGUAUUGCGCGCGUAAAUCCGAAACUUGAGUCGCGUUGUACCGACUUGGAGCGCGCGCGAAAGAAAGAGAGAGACAGGAAGAGGGAGGGAGAGAGAGAGAGAGAGAGAAAGAGAGAGAGAGAGUGCACCGCUCUGGAUCGUGAAUGAUCGUGAACGUGCUUGACGCCGUGUGAUUCUCGUCCGCGUUAUUCUCGAAACAAAUCUGGCAAGCGAGACAAAUUCUUCACGCUCAUCCUCGUGUAUAUAUGGCUUCAGUUGAGGAGCUGGAUCAUCAGGUCGAUAGCGGCAUGGGCAGCAGCGAUGUACGCUCCCCUGAGGUGAAGUCGCUCCUCCCCGACGAAGAGGACGACGACGAGGAGGAUGAGAGCUUAACGGAAAGAUUAUUAGGACUUACUGAAAUGUUUCCCGAGCCAGUUCGCAAUUUUGGAUAUAAUGUUGGGACCUGCCUAUAUACAUGUAUCAAAGGUCUAUAUGCAUAUUCAUGUUCAGCUACAUGGCUGGUCUUCAGUUCGUCCACCAUUCUUUUUGCACCAAUUAUAUUUGAAAUGGAGCGUGCACAAAUGGAAGACCUGCAACGUACGCAACAAAAACAAGUUCUCUUAGGCCCUAAUACUGCUUUGUCCGGCGUCAACACCUCGGGGCUUCCAAUGGCACCACCUGUUCAGCGAUAAACUAUUAUAUAUUCACACAUAUACGUGUAUAAAAACACAUACAGAAAUAUCCAAAUCAGGAAAUGUGUUAAUUGAGUCGUCUGCUCAAUUAUUUAUUAGUAUAACUUGUUUAUAAGAUCAUAAGAUUUUACACAAAAUUGUGAAUGUAGCGAACGAGGACUCGCAAAAAUCAAGCAUGUAAUUAUCCUCAACCAGAAUAAUUCUUGCAAAAUGGACGAGGUAAUAUAAUAUAAAUUUGAAUCGUUCUAUAUAACAAAUUAAUAAAUUAAUGCAGUAUGCAUCUCUUGGUCUAGUCCACCCUCUGUGUCUCUAUAUUCACACAUAAAUUAUCUAAUUUUUCGUAAUUUUUACUGAAAACUAACGUAUGAUGUGCUGCAACAUUUUAUUAUCAAUGCACACGUUGCAGAAGCAACAGUAGAAUUUUGUUUAAACAAAAAAGGCAACAACGGUUGCCUUAUUAAAUUUAUUGUGAAUGAGCAAUUAAGAAAUUGAAUAAGCAAUUAUACAUAAUAGUUACUACACAAUCUCUGUUAUUGGGAUAACAUGGUGGUUAUCCUUGAUAUAUCUCGCCUGUUAUAUUGUAAUUUCGACAAAAGAAAUAAAAGGCAUAGUGAAAUAGUCUUUAAUAUCGUUCAA